ACGAAGCGCGAGUCGAUCAUGCAGUCGUGCAGCGUCGAUGAUAGCGCAGCCACGUCAUUGGCCCAUGCGUGACGGAUUGCCUGGAUAAACGUCACGAUCACGGAGCUUCGCGACAUGCACGCCUCUGUUGACGCGCCAUGUCAUAGCAAACACCAGCCCGCUGUCUAGAUGACCCCCGACCGCUAUCUUGAUGGCCGAGACUGGGAAUGCUGAGCCCCAGACGCCGAUCUCUGAGGGUCCCAGCUCGCCCACAACACCCACGCAGAAGAGCAGCAAUGCUUCGGCCAAGUCGAUUACUGGGGAGCCGAUUGAGCAGCAGGACUUUGCCAAUCCGACCCUCAGCAUAAUACGGAACUUCUCGCGUAGCACGUCUGCAAGCUCGGUGGCGACCAAAGAAGAGACGCCUCCACCGUUGCCACCCCGACCCGCCCUCGGUUUACUCUCACGACCCUCGACAUCGCAUUCUACGGCGCCUGGGAGACCACAGCUCCUCUCCAAAGCCACCACACAGCUGUCUGUAGCGCGGAUACAAGCCUUCGCUAUCGACGCGAAGGAUGAGUCGCCAACGUCCUCGGGACCCAAGACACGCGACGUCUUGGGCGUAAGCCUAGGCGCCCAUAACCUCAGCGAUGCCGACGAUGGUGCGAGUAUACGCAGCUAUGCGCCGACAAUAGAGGCGGCAGGGUAUCAGGAGAGUCUCCUGGGCGAAGUCAUGGGCCAGGCAGAGAAGUCGGAGCAAGAGGAGUCGCUGCUCAGGACGCUGGGUCACAAGUUCGUCGAUGCUGAAGCGCAAAGCAUGUUCCCGCCGGACCCAUACUUUGAGGAGGCUUUUCGACGCGAGUUCGACGAGGUCGACGAGAUGGCCAUGGACGGGUCGAAUGAAGAAGCCGUUAUGCACCAGUGGCGCGCAAAACUGAAGCAUUUCCUCAUCCUCUCGAGUGCCGGCAAGCCCAUCUACAGCCGACAUGGCGACGACCAGCUCAUCACAAACUACAUUGGUGUCGUUCAGACCAUCAUAUCCUUUUACCAGUCCACCAACGAUAUAUUGAGAGGUUUCACGGCAGGAGACGUACGCUUUGUCGUCAUGUCCAAGGGCCCGCUCAACCUGGUAGCCAUUACGCGCUUACCAGAGAGCGACUCCCAGCUUCGAUCACAGCUGGAGGCACUCUAUAUGCAGAUCCUAUCCACUCUCACCCUCCCUAGUAUGGAGCGCAUGUUUGCUGCGCGUGCGAACUAUGAUCUUCGCAGGCCGCUGCAGGGAACAGAGACCCUGCUAUCAGCGCUCGCAGAUGGCUUCACCAGAGGCUCACCAUCGACACUGCUCUCCGCUCUCGAGUGCCUCAAGCUCCGCAAGUCCCACCGCACCACCAUCAACAACACACUCUUGAAGACCCGUUCCGAGAACCUCCUUUACGGUCUUCUCGUCGCAUCCGGGAAGCUUGUGUCCGUCGUCCGGCCCAAGAAGCACAGUCUACACCCUGGUGACCUCCACUUGAUCUUCAACAUGCUCUUCGAAGCCGGUAGCGUCAAGGCUGGAGGUGGAGAAAACUGGAUCCCACUAUGUUUACCAGGGUUCAACAACACCGGCUACUUGUACAUGUACGUAAGCUUCCUCAAUCUCGAACAUCCAACGGAGCAGAUGCAAGAGCGGCCUCGCACGAGCGAUGGUGCCGACGACGAGGUCGCAGUCCUCUUGAUCAGUGCGGAGAAGGAAAGCUUCUUCGAGCUUAGACGUAUGAGGGAUGAUUUAGUCGAGGUAAGCUCACUUGAUUUCUUUACAUUCCACUGCAAAGUCUCCCUAAUCCCCGGUGGACCGGGAUGAUACGUGAGGACGCGCGGAAUGCUAGUCAAGUGGCCUCUCUUUCCCGCCCCAGGACGUUGUCCCGUGCCUUAAGAUUGAUGCGUCAAACGAUGUGGGCUCGAACGGGCUCGGAGGCGAAAUUCGCUCAUUCUCGGUGUUCUCCCAUGGGUUCUCAUGGGUUUAUUGCCGGUAAGCGCGAAUUGUAUACCCGUACGAGGCCCACGGGGCAACUUUGCGAUUCGGCUUCGGACGUCAGCAACUCCGAUGCUCCUAGCCCACCCUCCCCGUCGGAUUCCAC